CUCAAAUUGACCAUACUGUCCACCCUAAAACAUGUCACAUGAACCUGACUCCAAAGGACAAUCAAGUCAUUUUACAUGAUGCUUGUGAAGCUAGCUAGCUAGCUCAUGUUUUCUCAAUUUCACACGGGCAGAGUCAAUCAUUCUACUGUCACAACCCUGAAUUUGGUAACUAUAUAAGGUCUCCAUAUGAGAAGCUGAAGGCUCAAGGAAGGAGACCAACAAAGACAAUUAAAAAUGGAAAACUACAGAGCAAUCUUCUUCGUGUUGUCGUCAUUGGUCUGCUUUGUUGGGAAGCAAGCUUCAGCAGCUCAACAUGCUGUCGGAGGAAGCCAAGGGUGGGAUGAAUCCACAGAUUUCAGCUCAUGGGCCUCAGCCCAGAAGUUCAAAGUUGGUGACCAACUUGUGUUCAAGUACAGCUCAGGGCUGCACAGCGUGGUGGAGCUGGGGAGCGAGUCGGCCUACAAGAGCUGCGACCUUGGAUCUUCAUUGGACUCGAUGAGCACAGGCAACGAUGUGGUGAAGCUGGGCAAACCCGGGACCCGGUUUUUCGCUUGCGGGACAGCAGGGCAUUGUGGUCAUGGGAUGAAGGUGAAGAUCACGGUCGACUCCGGCAGUGCAGCUUCGACUCCGGCAUCACCUUCAACUUCGUCUUCAUCAUCGUCCUCGUCCUCAUCGUCUUCUGAUGCUGUUCAAUCUGUUGUUGGAUCCAUGGCUUUGCUUGCAGGAGUGUUGAGCUUGAGCUUGUUGAUGCCUCAACUGGUUUGAGAAUUGAAGCUAGAGUAUAUUUUGUACUGUGUUCUUUUUAUGGUUUAUGUUUAUGGGGGAGAUUUACAAAUUCUAGUUAGUGACUGAGGAAAUAUGGGUAUGGUAUAUUUUGGAUUUGUUUCAUUUUUAAUUUUAUAUUCUUUUUAAGGAUGGUUUUGUAUUAAUUUCACUUUGUAAUAAGCUAAGUGCAGACUAUAUUAUGGAAAGAUUCCAAUUUUUCUCUUUACUAAAGUUCAUAUGUCUUUGAUGCCAAUAUGAUAAUAGUGGUCCUAAAUCAAAGUAAUAUAAUAACUCGAGUUAUUGAAAAUAAGGCUAGUUAUAAAUCUUAUAUCAUGUGUUAACAUUGUGCAACGAUUCAGUUUGUAGUACCAGAUCAAAUUAAUAUUUGGACAUGAUCAAAUAUAAUGAUGUUCGUUUCUUAGUUUUAUGAAAUUUUUAAAUAUUAAAGAACAAGAAUCAACCUACACUUGGCGACCAAAUUUUAUUGAAUUUAGGAAGGGGGAUACAAAUCAACAAUCUGUAUUGAC